UGAUUCUGGACUGUAUUACGACUUUUCUUUUAAUUGACUUUGAAGGAGGAUCAUAUCGAUGGAUGUUCACACUGACUGGAUUUUUUUCUAGAGGCCUGGGUUCUGAAGUUUAUUCUGGAGAAUUUAUGUGAAAUGUGCCGCUCAGUUUCAUGUGAAGGAAUUCAGCUGUGCAUAGUUAACCAAGCAGAAAGGCUAUUCUGGUUUCUUGCUGCAGAAUUUUAGUUUUAGUAUUCUGGAGAAAAACGAACCCUGAACCACAUUUACCACAAGCCAGCCAGUCCCUUAUGGAACCUCAAUUAUUCUCAAACAGUUACCCCAUGCGGCUCCUCACAGGAUAUUGAUAACGGUUUUAUACACAGCUGUGCUCAUUCAACUGAUAAUGCUGUAGCUAUUCAGGCAUAGGCUGGUUGUCAUGCAUGAAUUAUAGAUUCGAAUGCUCCAACGGCUAGCUAGCGACUAGCCAGGGAGAAACUUUGCCAACGGAUCUGUUAUGCUAUUGAUUUCGGUCUGGGUAUUUCUUCAUGCACCAGUGAGCCUUAACAUUAGUGAAUACAAGAUCUGGCAGCCUAAAGGAAUUUUUGUACAAGACUUAUAAAUAAUAUCAGGAACUAAGGUGCCAAGAAGUCAGACUAUGAUACACUGAUGAGAUGCCAUUGCUCUGAUGUCCAGAUUAAAAUAACCAGUCCAAAAUGUCGAAAGAAGAAAAGGAUUCCACUGAAGUAGAGGAAAUUGUAGAAUAUACUGAACUGACUGCAGACGACAACUUCCAAAUCCCUGUGGCAAAGAUUCCAUCUCCUGAAAAGAGUAUUCAAGUGGAGGUUACUCUUAAUGAAUCAGGGGCAAAAACUGUGAAAAAUACAAGUGUAACCUUGACAGCAGGUGAAAAUGUAGACAUUGUAGCUUCCGCUGUUGAAAGUAGUGCCAUAACAGAAACUAAAGUCACUGAUGGUGUUGCUACACCACAGACAGAGGCUGUUAAUGGAACUCUGAUGACUGUUGCAAAGACUGAACCAAAUUCUGCACAGCAAGUGGCAGCCAACAUGGCGACAUUGACAAUACCGAACGUGCCGAUUACUCUAACAACAACGGACGGACAGGCAGUGACGCUAGCGCCCCAGCAGUACCAGUUUUUGCUACAGCAGCAGUAUCUCAAUUUCCUCCAAUUGCAGCAGUCAAUACUUUUGAACCAACAAAGUCAGCAACAACAACAAUCAACACAAACAACAACAACAACCACAGCAUCUCAGCCAACAGCUAGUGUUGCGGUAAAUCUAGUAAAGGAACAAACCACCGUUGCCCAGCAGAUGCCUAUCUCCAUAGCAACCACGAAGGGAGAACCCCUGGUUGUUAUGGAAACUGACGAUGUGUCAAUGGGUGGUAGAAUGUCACCGAUAGUCAGCAUUAUGGAUGCAGAGGACGAGAAAGCCUUAAAAGAGGCGAGAAAAAUAAAGCAAGAGGGAGAUGCCCGGAAUAUAAACCAAUAUGGACGAGAGUUUACAAAUGGGCGGCCCCUUCCUGAUCACCUCAGAGUGCAGAUAUUGCAGCUUGCCCUGCAAGGAAUUCGACCUUGCGAGAUCUCCCGGCAGCUACAAGUCUCGCAUGGAUGUGUCAGCAAAAUUCUAAACAGGUAUCGGAAGACAGGAAGUAUCAACCCCGGUCAGAUUGGGGGAAGCAAACCCAAGGUGACGACGACAGACGUGGUUGCUAAGGUCCGAUUUUACAAGGCCCAGAACCCGCAAAUGUUCGCAUGGGAAAUACGACACAAAUUGCUUGAGGAGGGAAUCUGCACAGAAAAGAACAUACCAAGCAUCAGUUCAAUCAACCGAAUCAUCCGCGACAAGGGGAUCUUACAUAGACGGAGUCUCGAUAGCUCAACGUCACUCGAAAACCUCGGCCUACCGACCACAUUUUCCGUCUCCGAAUCGGAGGAGAAUUUGGACAAUUUUCCUCUCGAUCACCGACAAAUUCAGUUGGACUCAGAGGCUAUUCAGAGAAUAAUGUUGGGACAGUCUAUCGAAUCAAGCUCGUCGCCAAUGGCAACGUCCCCUGGGCAAGGUCAGGGUCAAGGUCACGAUCAGCCCGAGGCGAAUGAGGGGUCCGGUUGCCCUCAGUCGCCCUUAUCUCAAGCCAUGAGGCAGAUUCAUUCGCCUGGGUGUAUGCCAGAUCUUGCUAAUGGAGAAGGGGUUGUCCUUCAAAUGGAGGAGGGUAGAGCUACGUUGAUUGCGACACCGCAUGUCAGUAAUGGUGGAAAAGGGAAAGUGAAUGAGGCCGCAUUGAGGAAUAAAUCCUCUUCCGGUAGUGAAAGUGAUGAUGUGUUUGAUAAAAAUAAUGGGAAAAUGAGAGCGAAUUUGAAAACACCUUCAAGUAUUCAGAAUGUUAUUUCAAACCUGAUGAAAACUUGCUCGGAAAGUGUUAGUCAAGAUCUUGAAGGGACCAGACUGAAAAACAUUGACGCAGCUACUAAUGAAAAACUUGCCAGUGAAAUUAAAAAGACUUUAAUGAAAGGCAGUGCAGGAAAACAAAGCCCCACAAUCUUGGUCUCACCUUCAGUGAGUGUCAGUAGCAUGAAUGGCAAGGGGAGUAACUCCCCUGGUGUUAGAAAGCAUUCAGGGGAAGUAACUAUCAGACCUAACAUUUCUGGAAAUGAGACUACAGUGACCUCCCCUAGUUUUGUUGCAACACCAGCACAUACCCCCGGGAGUGAGCGCAGAAGAAGCGCCAGCAGAUCAAAGCAGCCCCACCCAGCAUUCAACAUUUCUCCUGCCUCUAUGGAGAAAGUUGGCUCUCCUUUGUACAACUAUAACUUGCCAGACAGGGGUUUGGGAACCCUGGUGAGUCCAGUCUCUGUGGCUCUCUCAACUUCCCCACCAGCCAUGGCUGUCCCCAGAUUCCCUACAACGGCCGCGCAGAACAUACCCCCUCAGGUUCUGAGCAUGGUGUCCUCUGGCUGGCCCCUAAGUCGACCCCUUUCAUUCAGCCAUAGUCCUGGGCCAAGCGAUAGUGCUAGUUCCGGUUCCCCACUUGAUUUGUCUGCUGUGAGGGGUCCAUCACCUAAUCUGGCCAAGCCCAAACAAGAUAAGGUCAAGGAUGUUACCACGGUUACCAAGCCAACAGAGGAAAAACCUGCCACCCAACAACAGCUAAUACAGCAACAAUUUACCAAUGGAAAAGAGGCUAAUGUUGGCACAGCAACUAUUAAUAAUCAGAUUGUUACGGAUACAAACAUAAAAAUGGAUGCCGUGCAACAAACACCAACCAGCAAUUCACCUGCUCCUCAGUCCAAAGCGCCAUAUGUUCAAGAGAUGCUAUAUUUAUUCAACAAAGAACUUGAAAUUGUUUCUGUCGGUAAAAACAAAUGGAUUGUAAGAAAUGAACACGAGUUGGUAAAUACCGUGCGGGACAAUACUUCUCCUUCAGAGGCGUUAAGUCCGACUGGAAAUUGUGUUAACUGCCUGAAUGGGCCAAAACAAGAUUUAUUAUGUGCUAAACUGGGGCAGGAGGUCAAUAAAAGGUCAAUUGACCUUGACACAGAAGAACAAAGGUCAAAGGUUAAAAAGGUCACCAAUGGCGAUGUUCACACGGAAAAUGACUUGAUCUCUGACCCCACAUUUGUCACUGUGUCGUCUAAUGUGCUAGAAAAUAAUAACGCCACUGGCAUCAAAAACCAAGAAAAUGGUACAAAAGUUGUCUAAAAUAUAACCAUAAGGAAUUUUAAAUUCCGUGUACAAUGUGCUAACAUAAGUUCAGUAUUUAUUUCAUUAGCUGUCAAUUUCAGGACUUCUUUUAAUAUUUGAUAUUCUUGUUAAAAUGUAAAUUGAUAUUGUUUUAAGUAAUGUUUAAGUUUUUAUGUAGAGUUUACCCUGGUGGAGAGAAUAAAAUGUUACCGGUUAUUGCUUUUCAGCAUUAUGUAUUAGAUUAAUACAUCUAUUAGUAUCUGAUGUUGUGUUUCCCCCAAAUUUGCUUAAUUGUAUCUAUUAACUACAUGUAGGUAUCUUUAAAUAUCUAUUUGUUUUAAAAUCAUGAACAAAUUUUGCAAUUUUGUUGAUUGUUCAUUUUAAGCCUGUCUGAUUUUGAGAGUUAAAAAUAAAUCAAGAAAAAUGUGUUUUCAUUGCCUCUAUGUGCAAAAAAACUUGAACCAAGGCCAUAUAAACUCAAAAAACAUUCAAGAUAUUUCACUAAAACUUGGUACAAACGUUGCCAUAGAAAAGAAGCAAAUUUAAAGCAAGGUCCUUGACUAUGCAUUUAAUAAUUGUCAAAAAAACAUUCAAAAUAUUUCAUUGAAACUUGGUACAAACAUUGCCAUAGAAAAAAAGGACAUUAAUUUUAAAGCAAGGUCCUUAACUAUGCUUAAAUAAAUUAAAUAAAAUAAGUUAUCUCCCUUAUUGACUCAAAAGCAACAGACGAGCGUUGGUAUUUGCUGUUCGGCAUAUUUUGUUCAUUUUAGAUCAUGUUUAUAAUAUGAUGUUCAUUAACAUGUUAGUUGGUUCAUGAAAUAUUCUUAUUUGAUUGAAGCUUGUUCUAUACAUUGUUGUUUCUUCCUCGAGUUUUAUAAGGUUUCUUUUUAAAAGUUGUUGUUUGUUAUCUUUUAAGGCAUUUUUAUUGGAUGUACAGAAAUUCUUUUGGUAUGUGUUGUUUUUCUUUUAGUAAAUUUAAAAAUUUAUACAAAACACAGGAAAAAUUGUCAUUUUGAAAUAAAUUAAAAAAAAAAAACCAGCUCUAAAAUGGCUGUUAGGCCACACUUAUAAAAUAGUUCAUUGGCCUUACCAGGCCCUCAUUUUGGGGGUUGGGUAGGUAGGUAGGGUUUCAAAAUUAUUUUCACUAGCCCGACCGACCCAAUUUUUUCUGACCGAACCAACUCUCAUUUUGUUGUGGUUUUGAUUUUCAUUUGUAAUUUCCUAAACAAUGUGCAUAAUUCGAGUGAACAUGUUUAAAUUUGACUAGAUUAUAUUCAAAUUUUUCUACAAUUGAGACAUAUCCUGAUAUAGGUUUGUUUGGUAAAGAAUCCAGGUUUUCCAAAAAAAUGUAAAGUCUACUAUGGUACCUACCCAUUUUUUUUUUUGAGAUGUAAGUGGAAACAAAGAUCCUUUUUUUGGCCUUAUUCUAAAAUAAAAUAUCAUGAUGACUCAACUGAGAGGUCGGUCGCGGGUGAGGCCAAACAAACUGUUUAUUAUCUGUGGCCUUUAAUGGUAUUUCCUUAGAUUGAAACAAAACUACUGUUGUUAUAACUAGCGCACAAUAUUUUGAUCAUUGAAAAAGAGUUUUUAUUAUUGAUACUCUCUAAUAUACUAAGGUCUUUUUUAUCAUAUGUACAUGCAAACCUUCAUUAAUGUGUGACAUCAUCAGCGAAAUCAAGUGAUGUGGAGAAAUAAGUGACAUUUUCAUUUUUGUGAGGUUUCAUAAGCAGUCAAUGAUAGCUUCUUUUUUGCAUAUUUUCGAAAAAGGUUCUUUUUUUUAAUCUUACACAUUGUUAUAAAUUUAUGUUAUAAUCCUAUCUCUUGGUUAAAAUUUGUUUUUGUUGUUAAAAGAACUCAUUUUCGCAAACGACAUCACAAUUAUAUGAUGCGCUUUCAAAGUACUGAAUUAACAAAAUACGAUUUGCUUCAUUAGCUGUCUCCGUCACCAAUAAUAUGAACAUACCAUCACUCAAAAUGUUGUGCGCAAGUUACUCUACUUCCUUGACAAAAUAGAAUACAUUGUUGUUGUUAGUCAUUUUCCUUGCGUUGUAAACUGACUAUUGUGCAAAACACUGGUGGUGAUUGUAGUUUUCAUUCCUUUGUACUGUAACACUUAAAUUGACAAUCAAACAAAAAUAAAUUUUGAACAUGUGAAAA